AUGUCUCAAAUCGCAACGAUCAAUACUCUCAACUAUAUUAGAACUCAAACGAGGCUCUAUGGUUAUAUUGUUAUCUUUGUCACGGGUUCAAUCGGUAACACGUUGAAUAUUUUCAUAUUCGCAACAAAAUUAAAAGAAAGUGUCUGCUCACGGUAUCUCUUAGUAGGGGAUGUUGCCAAUAAUAUAUGUCUACUCAUCACUAUUUUACCGGCCAUCAUCGGUGUGAUUUAUGGUAAAAAAGGCACGGAAUCUUCGGAUGCUUGGUGUAAAAUCGACAACUAUCUGAUUGAUGUGUGUUAUUUAACUUCAACGUGGACACUUUGUCUAGCAUCAGUAGACCGUUACUUGUGUUCAUCUCGUCAAGCCAGUCAUCGAAAGUGGAGCUCAGUAAAAGUGGCCAACUGGACAAUUUUCGUUAUUAUUUUUGUAUCAAUGUGUCUCGCAAUUCCUGAUCUGCCGUACUGGUAUAUUGAUAGUAGUUCCCGUACAUGCGUUUCUUCGGAGACUUAUCGGAGAUAUUUGACGUACUUUUUAUUUUCUUGUAUGAUGACUGUGGCACCACUGUUCGUUCUGUCAAUUGCUGGAUACAAGACAUAUUACAGUCUUCGAGCAUCCGUUUAUCCAGUUGAAGUAGUUACUCAAAACGCUCGGCGACAACGUAUGGACAAUCAACUAGCAAGAAUGCUGCUCCUACAAAUUAUUGUUUUUCUUUUCCAAUCAAUGACAUUAUUCAUCUACUUUGUCUAUCAACAGAUUACAACAAAUUGGGUAAGGAAUACUAUGCAGCAGACAAUACAGAAUCUGGCACAGUCAAUUAUCUAUUUAAUCAACUAUUCGUUCUUGUCCACAAGCUUUUAUGUUUACUAUUUACAAUCAUCAAAAUAUCGAGCUACUGUAUACAAGAUAUUUGCAAUAAAGAAGAGACAAGUGAUCGGGUGUACCAUUCCACAUCAGAAAAAUCGGGGCAUAAUUAAUACUUCAAUUCAAGCUCAACGAACCACCGAACUGUAA